AUGAUGGUUCCGAGCAGUACUUUGAUCCAAUCAAAAUCAUUCUCCAUCCCAAAUUCAACGGCAGAACUUUUGACAAUGACAUCAUGCUCAUCAAAUUAUCCAAACCAGCCAGUCUCAAUUCCCGUGUUUCAGCAAUCCGUCUACCAAGCAGCUGUCCAUCCACCGGAGAAAUAUGUUUAGUCUCUGGCUGGGGCAACACCCUCAGCAGUGGCAAACAUAAUCCAGACCUCCUACAGUGCCUGAAUAUCCCUGUACUUUCUCAGAGUGAGUGCAUUGGCUCUUAUCCAGGAGCUAUCACCAACAAUAUGUUUUGUGCAGGAUACCUGGAAGGUGGGAAAGACUCUUGUCAGGGAGACUCUGGUGGCCCAGUUGUUUGCAAUGGAGAACUCCAAGGAAUUGUCUCUUGGGGCUAUGGAUGUGCUCAGAAAGGCAAACCUGGUGUCUACACUAAAGUUUGCAACUACAUUUCCUGGAUUCAGCAAACCCUCAGUUCCAACUGAUCUGCACUUCCUGUCUGGAAAUAUCCCUUUUCACAUAUGUAGCUGACAUUUCACAAAGAUUACAUCUGCAAGAAUAAAAACUAAGUUGUGCAAUGACAA